AUGACCUACGAAGAAAUGCUCCAAACGAAGGUGGCUUUUGGCACCGGUGAGAGACUGAUAGACAGAUUCGCCGAGCUUCGGGAGGAGUUGGGACUGGACGGGAUUGUGUCGGAGUUGAACGCCGGCGGCCUAAUCCCCGAGGAAGGCACCCGUGGAGGGCGCACGCUGGUGCGCCCUCUCAGUUUUGGAAAAGAGGACCCUGCAAUGAGAAUAGCAGUGCUGGACGAUUACCAGAGCGUCGCGGAGAGCCUAGCCGAUUGGUCGCAACUCCCGACCGGGACCCAAGUCGAAUUUUUCAGUGGCCACUUGACCAGCGAAGACGCCCUGGCCAGUCGCCUCGCCGACUUCGACGUAGUGAUGGGAAUGCGAGAACGCACUCCGUUCCCUCGCGCGCUGCUGGAACGGCUGCCCAGAUUGCGCCUGCUGGUAACCACAGGCAGGCGGAACGCGUCAUUUGACAUUGAUGCGGCCACCGACUUGGGCAUCGCGGUUUGCGGCACAGACGGAGCCGGCGAGGGCCCCGCCGAGCUAACCUGGGGCCUGAUUCUCGGCAUAGUUCGGCAGAUCCCGCUUGAGGACCGCCUUUCUCGCGAGGGCAAGUGGGGUACCACCGUUGGGGUUGGCCUGAAGGGAAAGACAAUCGGGCUGCUGGGCUUGGGCCACAUUGGCUCCCUGGUGGCGCGGGUUGCCAACGCCUUCGACAUGAACGUCAUUGCCUGGAGCCAGAACCUCACUGCCGCAAGAGCCACGGAGUGCGGGGCGACGUUGGGUGGGAAAGGACGCGCUCUUUCGGGAUUCCGACAUCUUGUCCGUCCACCUUGUGCUCAGGGCCCCAUAGUAAAUGAAGUGGCGCUGGUGGACGCCCUUCAUCGUAGGGCUAUCGCCGGCGCGGCUCUGGACACCUUCGAUGUCGAGCCACUGCCCGAAAACCACCCGCUGCUGCAACUCGACAACACCCUCAUCUGUCCACAUCUCGGAUACGUUACCGACGAUUCCUACAGGGCAAUGUACGCCGGGGUCAUCGAGGAUAUUCGCGCCUUCGCGAGUGGCGAACCGGUCCGCGUUAUCAACGAGCCGGUGCUCAAUACCACCCAGUUUCGGGGAUUCCAGUAG